AGCAGCGGUGGUGACGUCGAGGGUGAGGUGGCCUUGAAGAACAUUAUUAUUAUUUAAGUCCGUGCUGACAAUGUCGGGAUCAAAGGUGGACUCUUUAGUGGGCUUCAGGAUGGCGAAAGCAGAACUUGUGGUUCCUGACGGUCUGCUGAAGGCAGCGAGGAAGAGCGGCCAGCUAAACCUGAGCGGACGAGGACUCACAGAAGUUCCUCAGAGUGUCUAUCGCCUCAACAUUGACACAUCAGAAGAAGCCAAGCACAAUGUGUCAUUUGGAACAACUGAUCGUUGGUGGGAACAGACCGACCUGGCAAAAUUGCUGCUUGCAUCCAAUCAGCUUACAGCAUUGUCUGAUGAUAUUGGACUGCUCUGUGCUCUUACUGUGCUGGAUCUCCAUGACAAUCGCCUGAAUAGUCUCCCCAGUGCUUUGGGUGACCUGGGGGAACUGCAGCAGCUGAGACUGAGUCAUAACCAGCUGAAAUCACUGCCAGUGGAAGUUUGCGCUCUGAAGAACCUUCGUAGCCUGACGCUCCAGCGGAACGCCAUUGAGAACCUGCCAGUCCAACUGGGUCAGCUGCAGAGCCUGACCGAGCUGGACCUGUCUAACAACCUUCUGAAGAACCUCCCCCCCAGCCUGGGUGAUUUGACUUCUCUUCAGAAACUAAACUUGUGUCACAACAAGCUCACCUGUCUGCCUGACAGCCUGGCACUGCUCAGAAAUGUCAAACUGUUGGACUGCAGCAAUAACCAGCUGACUGACAUUCCUGUUAGCCUAUCUCAGAUGGCUGCACUGGAACAGCUGUACCUCAGACACAACAAGCUCCACCUCCUGCCACAUCUCCCUGCAACUUCCAUCAAGGAGCUGUAUUUUGGUAACAACCAUAUUGAGAGGCUGGACCCCAUGCAGUUGUUGAACCUGACUGAAGUCUCCCUUCUGGAACUCCGGGACAACAAGAUCAAAGUUCUUCCUGAAGAGAUUACCUUACUGAGCAUGCUGACACGCCUAGACCUCACCAACAAUGACAUCAUCACACUUCCAGCCUCUGUUGGUUUGCUUCCCAGUCUGACGACAUUACAGUUGGAGGGAAAUCCACUGCGAGGAAUCAGGAGAGAUCUGCUCACUAAAGGAAGCAGUGAACUCCUGAAGUAUUUAAGAGGAAGAAUUAAAGAAGAGCCAGAGAGAUCAGAUGAAGGAUCUACUGCAGUGAUGUUACCUAGUCAAGCCAAAGUGAAUCUGCAGAAGAUAAAAGCUCUGAGGUUAUUGGAGUACAGUGAAAAGCAGACUGAUAGUAUUCCAGAUGAGCUGUUUGAUGCUGCAGCCAAUCACAGUGUCGUCGCUAUUGACUUCAGUAAGAACCAGCUGAUCUCUGUUCCUACCAGACUGGGGGAGCUGCAUUCUUCACUGUCUGAUGUCAAUCUGGGCUUCAACAGGCUGAACUGCCUUUCUCCUGAGAUCUGUUCUUUACUCCAGUUAAUGCAUGUGGACCUCAGAAAUAACCAGCUAAGCAUUUUGCCCUCUGACAUGAAGAACCUAACUAAGCUGCGCUCGAUCAUCCUCAAUUAUAACAGGUUCCAGUCCUUCCCUGAAGUUUUGUACCACUUGGUUUCUCUGGAGACCGUGUUGCUUGCUAACAACCGUGUGGGUGCCUUGGACCCUGUUUGUCUGAAAAAGCUGAGUCAUCUGACAACAUUGGACCUGUCCAAUAAUGACCUGCUUAACAUCCCGCCUGAGUUGGGGCUGUGCACGAGUCUAAGGUGUCUGAGUCUGGAAGGAAAUCCUUUCCGCACACCCAGACCAGCCAUUAUGACCAAAGGAACUGAUGUGGUAUUGGAGUACCUCCGAAGCAGAAUUCCCACAUGACCUAUGACUUCAGCUUGUACCCUGCAUCAUCAUCGUGUUGUUUAUGAAGCAGGAAUGUCCACUUCUGUGAUAACAGUAUUCAUUAAAUG